AUGCCGCCUAAACGGAGAAAGUCACCAACAAAACAGCCUGAGGGCCCAGCUCCACAGCCUUCCAAGCAAAGAAAGAGGUCAUCUACCUCUGCGCCACCCACCCAGAUGGCUAUUGAUUAUGAUCUGCUUGCAGAUGCCGUUUUGAAAAAACAAAGAACCUUAGACACCCCAGCUUUACCGGCAGUAAAUUCGGAUAUCUCUAAUUCCGUCCCAUCUUCCACUCUCAAUGACCGAGUCAGUACAGAUUCCAAUCGGCAUCAAGUACCCAACCAUACUGCGCAAAUCCUGGUAUCUGCCGACAUCCAUAAUGAAAACAGUAAUUCAGCCUCCCAAACGCAUGAAACCAUUGAGGCCUCCCCACUAUCAGCAGCUGACCCCGCAGACAAUUUUAACAUUCCAGCAGUCCUGAACACUUUAUUUGGAGGAAACCUUUACCCUGGCACCAUGGCUCAACAGACAACCAGUGCAAAUCCCACCUCACCUCCUCCACAUCUAAGCACCACUGCUAUUUCGCUGCUGCAUUCCUCCUUGGCUUUGUCAACUAAGACUUCCUACAAGCACAGCUGGUUCCUUUUUCUUCAGUUUUGUGAUCAGAAGAAUUUAAACAAAGAAUUACCUGUAUCUGUAAUAACCCUCUGUAAUUUUAUUGCACAUCUUUUCGAACAGAACUACAGUCAUUUUUCCAUUACAUCAAUGGUAUCUGCUAUUAGUUUUGUUCACAAAGUCUUAAAUUUACCUGAUCAUUCCCAAAAUUUCUUAGUGCAAAAAAUUCUUCAUGGUGCAAGCAAGAUUGCAAGAACGCCAGAUUACAGACUCCCGAUUACAACUUCAAUCCUAGUUAAACUAGUAAAUGCUUUGCCUUUUACAGUUCCCAAUUUUUAUCACAGAAUUCUUCUUCAUUGCAUUUUCACCGUAGCAUUUCAUGGGGUUUUCAGAUUAGGUGAAUUGAUUGCAAAAACACCAUCACAUAAAUCUUGCAUUAUUCAAAGACAAGACAUCAGUAUACAGGGCAAUUCAAAAGUUGAAAUCAUUUUAAGAUAUUCAAAGACAAUGCAAACUGCACGCCCCAUUACCAUAUAUCUUUCCAAGGCAACCCCUCAAGAGAUAUGUCCAGUACAGUCCCUUCAAAUGUAUCUGUCCUAUCACAAGCACUAAUCGGGACCGUUGUUUCAGUUCCACUCAGGUU